GCGGAAUACAAGGCAAGAUUGAUUGAGGAAAUGAUGACUGGGAACUAAGAAGGUCCUCUGCAGGAGGAACCCCGGGACGAACGGAAAGCCAGCCAAGGUGGGACUGGACGAGGGGAUAAAGGUAGUGACCGUGGGGGAACGUCGAGCAAGAGAAGGAAAGAGAGAGAGAACUCUCCGGGGGUGGAAGCAGAAAAGGCUACGACUCCGCCAACCAUGGAUAGUGGGGCUAGCCGCCUGCCGAUCACGCCACCAGUAGCACGAGGAUGCGAAGGACUUUGGAGCCUUAGGGAAAGAGUGUUGGGAUGGUUUGACCCGGAAGGAACUAUGAAAACCAGGGAGGGACAGAAGGCCGACAAGGAAAGUCCGGAUAACAGUAUGGCAGGCGAGGCCAGCAGCUCCGAGGGCGGUCUUAAGAAAAUAGUGUCGUCCCUCGCGCGAGCACUAAACAAAAAUCAAAGCUACCUAGCGGAUGCUAAGAAAAAAUUGACGUUUGAUGGGGCGAACAUCACAGAAUUCCUGAUAGAUUACGAGAAUCUGGCUGCGUUGUUGAAAUGGACCGAAAAAGAGAAGAUGGACCACCUAAGGCAGCAUGUGUCUUUGAGCCCAGGACGGGACAUAAUGGCCAUUGUGGCCGCGAGCCGGUCUUGGAAAGAAACCCAAGAUGUGAUGAUGAGAAAAUAUCUGGCAGCAGAGAAGAUGGCAACGGAGGCCGAUUUAGCGGCAGUCGAGAGGAAGAACUUCGCAAUGUACAAUGACUUCCUACGGGAGUUUACUUUGGUAGCACUAAGGAUCCCCGGGGUCACGGACCGGAUAAUGAGCAAGUAUUUCCUCAGGCAGUUCUUUGAGUUCGCCAAAGACAAGAUCCUGUCAGCUUACCAACAGACGAGCAAGUUCGUAAACACGCGGGAUGUUGAUUUUAGCACGGUAACAGAUAUGGCUGAGAAAACGGUAGUAACAGACACGUUGGCCUUGCUCAAGGAAGGGGAGGUCAUAGACUUGACCAGGUUGACGGGCGACAAGGUAAAAAAGGGGAUUGAAAGCCUACACGAACGGGUGCACGGAGUCGACAACAAGAUUGAAAGGAUGGAGAGCGCGCUACUAGUUAUGCAGGCACAAGUAUCCCGUCCCCCCCUCCCGCCUCAGGAAGCAGUAGUUCCACCAGGGGUAGCCAAUCGUAGAUAUGGACGGAGAGAUCCCGCCAACGAACAAUGCAAAUACUGUACCGCAGUAGGGCAUUUUGUGCAGUCGUGUCCAAAGCUCAACCAUGACAUACUGAAAAGGAGGUGUACCAGGUCAUUAAAGGGGGAGAUAUUUGGACCACAGGGGGAACGGGUGAACUGGAACUCACCAGGAGGGAUGCGGCGAGCCAUCAUCAUGCUCAACAGGUUAGAAAAAACAGCCGUAGAAGCCGAACCGAUGGGCGAGAUCAUCUGGGAUCAACUCCGGGGGCGCGGGCCGCAGGUCAACUUCAUUCUGGAAAGCGACGAACGGGAUAGGGUAAACGCGACUACUCGACUUGGGACGGCUGGGAGAAGGAUUAUUCGUGACGCCGUAAUGGAGGAGGUUGCUGGAAGUUCGGAACCGCAGGCAGAGCCUGAGGCUGAGGAACCGGAAAAGGUCUAUGGGAAGCCUAGGGAAGAGGAGCCUGCGGACAAGGUUACCGCCGCUAAGAAAACGUUUCGGUAUCAAAUCCCGAUCUUAACCUUGACUGAGCUCGACGACACCAUUAGCAAGUUACUAGGAACCAUGGUGUCGGUGUCUUUUCAGACCAUGCUGCAGGCUAGCCCUAGGUUGCUCAAAGGGCUCAGACAACUGUUGACUCGGAGGCGAGUAGAAGUAGGCGACAACCCCGAAUUACCAGAAGGGGAUAGGCAGGAGGAAGCUCCGCAAGAAGUGGCUAACCUUCAGAGGAGUCACGGGGACUUGGAGGAUCUCGAAAAAGCCUUUGCAGACAUUCGUUUGAGCUUGCCCGACCAAGAGGGCGACGAAGUCAUGAGAUCACCACCCGGGACGAAACUUAGCUUUCAUGCGCUGCCCAUAGGGAAACUGAAAAUCCAGAUCGGGAGUCAUCAUACUGACGCAUUAGUAGACGGGGGAGCAGAAAUCACUCUCAUAAGAAGAGAUUUCGCAACGAUCACAAGGAAAGGCGACGGGGGCGAUCCCGACUGUUCAUUUUUUAGGAGAAAGAUCCCGAAAGAAAGUGUUCGAAAGUACAAGCCGGUAGGGAAGAAAGCAAAAUUGGUCUCGAUCCUGCUAGAAACAUCAAAGGAAGAGGCUAUGGAGAAGGAGGAAGAGGUCCUUCGAGUGAUCCGAGAAAGAAGGGCGACGGAGGGACAUCGGAUACCAGAUGAGGUAGCUGACACAAUGAAGAUAGGGAUAGACGGGUUCUUAACGGGAGAAGAAACCCGCCUGAUCAAAAGGACCUGCCAAGAGUUUCAUCUGGCAUUUACCUUUAAUGAUCACCAGAAGGGACGACUGGAUGCGAAGUUGAUCCCUCCGGUCAGAAUCCACACGGUGGAACAUGAGUGCUGGAAUGACAAGGGGCCAUCCUAUGAAUUUGGGAUAGCAGAAGAAGUAACAGACCUCCUCCGAGCAAAGAUGGACUCCUUCGUUGCGGAGCCUACGGCAUCGCCAUACGCAAAUCGGUGGUUCGUCUUUCGGAAGCCUAACAAGACACUAAGGUGGAUUCAGGACCUGCAGAAGUUGAAUGCGGUAACCAUCCGGGAUGCUGGCUCGCUGCCUCAGGCUGACUUAUUAGCAGAAUCGCACGCCGGUCGGAGCAUUUACUCCCUGAUAGAUCUGUACUCAGGGUACGAACAACUUUUGUUGGAUGUUCGGGACAGGCCAUACACCGCUAUGCACACCCCCGUAGGCCAACUACAAAUGCAAGUGACCCCUAUGGGAUUCACAAACGCGGUGGCCGAAGCGCAACGCAGGAUGCUCGCCGUGGUCGGGGACAUGUUCCCAGAAAAAUGUGAGCCUUACAUCGAUGACAAUCCGAUCAAAGGCGCGCAGGAGAAGGACGAGACGGAAGUCCAGCCAGGGAUCCGACGUUUUGUGUGGAACCACCUGCAGAACAUCGAGGACUUACUCCGCCGGUUCCUAGUAUACAACAUUACGGCUAUAGUGGACCAAAGAGUAUCCUAGCAGUACCGGAGGUAACUAUACUAGGAUUUCGUUGCGGUGCUUACGGUAG